CUAAGAACAGCCUAAAUCACAAGACUUCGCUGUCUCGUGUUGGGGUAACUACUUGGUGUAAGGAGUCAUAUAGUGGUCUGGGAAUAGUGGUCUGGUACUACUUGUUCCCUUCCUCCGUAGCCGUACUAAAUAAUCCUUAGCCGAGCCUCCUUAGCCGUACUUUGGCAUUCCUUGCCAUCCUUAACCGCGCCGUAUACUAUGUGAGUACCUACACCAAGUAGUUACCCUUGUUGGGUUCCGAGAAAGAGCACACUACUUUACUUGAUCGUUUCUCAAAUAAUACAACAUGGAUAUCAAAACCUUGCUCCACAAUCUCCGUGAAGAAGUGUCUUGUUCAGUUUGUUCAAACAUAUUCACCGAUCCAAAACAGCUGCAAUGCCUGCACAGUUUCUGCUUGGAUUGCUUGAAACAGUGGCACAGAACCAGCCAUGGUCGAGACACAAUCAGAUGCCCAAAUUGUCAAGCACUCAGUAGAGUCCCGAAAACUGGUGAUCUCAAAGAUCUUCCCACCAGUUUCUAUCUCAACGGCAUGAUCGAUGUGUUGGCCAUCAAGGAAUGCAAAACCAACCAAGCGACAUGCGGAAACUGUGACAAGAAAAGCUCCAAGACCUCUUAUUGUUUUCAGUGUUGCGUGUUUUGGUGCGACGAGUGCAUACUUGGACAGAACAUCAUUCGAGGAAACAGAGAUCAUCGUGUUCUAGCGCUCAAAGAUUUUCAAGACGAGGACUAUGAAGGUGUAUUGAAGAGACCUCCAUAUUGCCCUAAACAAGGACAUAAGGGAGAGGAACUGAAAUACUUUUGCAAAAACUGUGAAGCGGCAGUUUGCCAAGCUUGUGUCAUAGUUGACCACGGAGGUCACUCAAUGAUACUGGUCGAAGAAGAAGCAGAAAAACAGAAGAUUCAAAUAAAAGCUUUGAUUGAAACUCAGACACAAAAGUUGCAAACGAAAAUAAACGAAGUUCGACUCCUUGAUGAGAAAUUCGUCCAACUUAAACAACAUAGUGAAAAAGCGAAGAGAGAUGUUCAAAUGUUUGUGGAUAUUUUGAUUGCUGUCAUCGAAGCAAAAAAACGUAAGCUAUUUGAAGAGUUGGAAAUCCGAACCAAGAAGUCACAAGAAAACCUAGCAAAGCAUAAGGCUGUCAUCGAUAAUCAAAUAUGGGGUAUAAACUCAUCGCUUGACAACGCUGGUAAACUGUUGACAAGAAGCUCAAACAGCGAAGUCGUUCAACUGAAGAGAUCAUUAGAAGCGAUCUUUGAGGAAAUUGAUCCAGCCGAGCCAACUGACCGUGACCAUGAAAAUACACCAAUUUAUUUAGCAUUCGAGAAGAAUCAAUAUAUGUUGGACACAAUCGACAAGGAAGAAAUUGGUUUUGUGGACGGACUGUACCGAACAAAUCCAAGUCGAUGUGUCGCUGAAGGCAAAGGACUUGAGACUGGGAUGGCCAUACGCGAGGCUCACUUUGUACUGACCACAAACAACACGAAAGGAGAGCGGUGCUAUAAUGCAUUUGACCAUAUAACGGCGGAGAUUAAGGACGAAAAAGGACGACAAUGCGCGACGGAAGUACGAAUAAAUCCUAAUCAAGAUGGAACAUACAAGAUCGGAUAUUUCCCCCAAGUUCCAGGAAGACAUAAAUUGGAAGUUAAGGUGAACGGAGAACAUAUUUGCGGCAGCACUUUUUCUGUGCAGGUACAACCAUUUGGGGUUAAGCCUGUUUUAUCUUUUGGAAAACAGGGCUCGUCCGCUGGAAUGUUUGCACAGCCUUGGGGUGUGGCAGUGAAUGCCAAGGACGAGAUAGCAGUAACAGAUUUUGGAAACAACACAGUCCAAAUAUUUGACAGUGAUGGAAAUUAUUUGCGAUCCUUUGGCCGGUUUGGUACAAACAAGGGAGAAUUUAGGAGACCAACGGGCAUAGCAUACAACAACAAUGGAAACAUUUUCGUAGUAGACAACGGCAACUGUAGAAUCCAAAUUUUUAACGAAAUAGGCGAGUUCGUGGAAAGCUUUGGUGACAUAGGCGGCAUGGAAAAUCAGCUCUCCGAUCCUUGCGGUUUAUCUGUGGACAGCGAUGGCAACAUCGUUGUUGCUAAUGCAGGUGACAAACUGAUUAAGAUCUUUUCUCCUGAUGGCACAUUUGUGAAAAAAAUUGGAGAAGGUUCUUUUUCCUAUCCUGUCCACUGCGUUCAGUGCGAUAACAAUCUCGUAGUGUCAGACAUGAGCGAUCAUAACUUCAAAGUUUUCGACAUGAAAGGAAACUUCAAGUACAAGUUUGAACAGCUUAAUCACCCUAGAUGUUUGGCAUUCAGCAAGUCAGGCCACCUAAUAGUUUGCAACACAGGUAGUAAUAAUAUACAAGUAUUUGAGCCAACAAAUGGAACAUUUGUUGGGUAGUUUGGUAUAUUAGGCAAGAAUUUAGGAGAGUUUUUUACGCCAUGGUCCGCAGCAGUUUUGAAAAAUGGCCGAAUUGUAGUGUUGGACCGAGGUAACCAAAGAAUUCAGAUAUUUGAGUGACAAUAAAAAUUUCCAGGUAUUUUAAUACUUAAAAGUAAUGACAUUUUCAAGUUGAGAAACCAUAUUAAGAAAAGUAUUUUGUUAAAUAGUUAUAGAGCUACCACGGGAAAAAGUCUUUUUGUUAUCCACAAGGUUUAAAAAUGUAUGUUUAAAACGACCUAAUUGCAAUUAUAAUAAUAAUAAUAAUAAUAAUAAUAAUAAUAAUAAUAAUAAUAAUAAUAAUAAUAAACUUUAUUAUACACAGAAUUCAAUAAGUUGUCACUUAUUUACAUUGAAGCUGUGUACCCCACCCCAGGGAAGGACAUCCAUCACACAGUAAUCUCGUGCGUGGGAAAUUUAAAACGUCUCCUACCCC